AACCUCACUUCAGCUCCUCUGAACAUUUAUGUUUUUUUUUUUUUUAAAGAGGCGGAUCUCUAGACUAGUCAAGAGUUUGAGUGCCAGACUAGACAGGCAGUCACUAGCAACGGGGGUACCUACAGUCUACCGUGACGAGAUUGACUAGGUGUAGCUAACUGGCUAGGUUAGCCGAGAUACGGCAACAUUUGGAUUAUAACUAUAAUUUAUUUUCAAGUAUAUCUCGGGGGUGUAGGCCAAGGAGAAAUAUGAUCUACAUAUAAGUGUUGUAGCUAGACUAGCGUUAGUAACACUUCUUAGCCAUCACAUCAGAGUUGCUAGCUACCAGUAGCUAGCUGCCGUGCAAUGUUUUGAACAUCGACACCAGAAUAGGUUGUGCCCUCUGCUGCAUACGUCGUUCAUCGCUCAUUAUUGUAACGUUAGUUAUUUCGAUAAUUUGUGUAUAAAUUAUCACUUUUUAGAGAUGGACAACCUUACUUCAUCGGCAGCCUAUGCAUUUGGAUCAGAGGUAAGUAACGUAUUAGCCAGUUGCCACGCUGGAAUAGCUAGCGUUUAGCUUGUGCCGUUAGCUAGCUAUAACGUUAUUGAACUUGCUAGCUUGCUGUAACCAACUGCUAAAAAACGUCAGUGUUUAUGAUCAUAACUAGGCAGUCGGCUAACUAGCUACCUGUUUAAAACCGCGAUUCAGCGUUAACACGUUAUAACUUUAGCUAGUUUUAGUGUUACGGUUCAUCUUGUUACUGUAUUUUUCUGUUUUAAUAGAAUUACAGCCCCAACUUGUUAAUAGUUAGUUAGCUAACGUUACUUAACUAGGUAGCUACUAGUUUGCAGUUAAUUAUCAAGAACUUGACAUGUACAUUUUUCACUAUCCAGCUAACGUUGUCACAUUUCCGUCUUUAGCUAACUUAAUGACAAAGAUGUAGCUAGUUAUGAUGAUAACGAGGUUGCAUAUCUAACGUUAGCUAACUAGCAACCUCACCGCGUUGUUACUCCAUAUAGCUAACAAAUUAGCAAACUAGUCCACUGGCUUUGGCCAUUUAGCUGAUGAUAACUAGCAGGCUAUUCUCUGUCCACGUUCCUAGCUCGCUCGCUGCUCAGCAACAAUCGCCAUCUUGGCACCACGGUUAUAAGGUAUUUUAGCCAGGUAGUAGAUAAUAAAUUAGCUUGUGUCCUUAUCAUGUUUUCAAAUCGUUAACCACAGAUGAUCCAGUAUAUUGACCAGAUACUCUAUCGUAGGACUGGCCGUUCUUCUUCUUUGUGUGAAUUUCCGGCAGACUAGACGCUGUGUUGCAUAUUGCUGCCUUUCGCAGGUCGGAGUGUGGAUUGCACAUUUUGUUCACCCAAAAAAUGUGGGAUUUGGAAAAACUUAAAUUGAACCACCAUCUAACCGUGCACCUAUACACUAUCCCCCAAAACCGACCACCUCAUCCCUCAGCCUAAACGAUUCUACACCAGGCCGUUGGCCUGGGAGGAUGGAACCCCUUCUUACAAAACUUAUGUAGAUCUUCUGCACUAAAAUCUCUUACACCCAAAUAUUUAUCUGCUGCUGUAAUUACCACAUCUAUCUUCUGUGAAUUCUGCUCCAUCUGUGCAGUACAGUUGAUCACAUGGCUAUAAACGCAAGAAAUCCAACUUUACUACACUCAUCCUCUCUGGAUCUCUCUCUUCAGGCAUCCCAGUCGACUCACUCACCCUUGGGCUAUCCUCUACUCUCUUCACUGCCUCAGCAUAGGAAACUUUCUGCCCCAUUCAAACUCUGGCAAUCUCAACCUGUCUCUCCCUCACAGGGCACUUCGGAUCCCCAGCUGCAUGGGCAGCCCCAGAGUUGACGCACAGUGCUUUCUCUAUCCUAACUGUACACUCCCUCAGACUAUGCCCUCCUGUACAUUUCUCACAUCGUGGGAUCUCACUUCUACACACUGCUGCAACAUGUCCGAAUCCUAGGCACCUAAAGCACCGUAGUGGGUUUGGAACAUGGGACCAACACAGAAUAGCAAAUAUAACCAGACCUUAUCAGGUAGAAAACUCUGUUUCAAAGCUCAACAAGACAGACCGGAUAUUCCCAGUCUCGCCAUUGCCACCGAGUCUACGUCUCACCAAACGGCGGGCAUCACAAACACUACAAAUAUUUUUUCCUUCAUUUGAUCCACCUCACUCAACGCUACCCCACUGAUCACCCCUUUGAGCGGCGCCCUGCUCCGGAGAGCAAAGCACGACAUGUUGAGCCCUGAGACUCGUGACUCGUAGCUGCCGCUUUCUUUGGGCUAGUGGCUGCUCUAACAAUUAAAAUAAAUGUCUUAAAAAAUGGAAGGCAGUUGGGUUUCUCCCGAGUGGCGCAGUGGUCUAGUGGCUGUGCCACUAGAGAUCCUGGUUCGAGUCCAGGCUCUGUCGCAGCCGGCCGCAACCGGGAGACCCAUAGGCGGCGCACAAUUGGUCCAGCGUCGUCCAAGGUAGGGGAGUGUUUAGCCGGGAGGGAUGUGGGUUCGUUUCCCAAGGGGGGCCAGUAUGAAAUGAAAAAAAAGUAUGCAUUCACGAACUGUAAGUCGCUCUGGAUAAGAGCGUCUGCUAAAUGACUAAAAUGUAAAUGUUUCCACUAGUUACAGCCACAGUCAAAAUGGUCAAAAUGGUAAAACAUUUAUAAAAAUACAAAGGAGCUUUUUGAUUUAAUUUAAAGUUAGGCAUAAGGUUAACAGUGUGGUUAAGGUUAGGUUUAAAAUGAAAUUUUAAGAAGAUCAAUUGUAGAAAUGGGUGGGGUUUAUUACUUUGUGGCUGUGGUAACUAGUGACGACCAGGCUGUCAGGAGGAGUCAAGAUCAGGUGGGACCAUUCUAGCCAAUGAGAGGGAAGAUACGCGUGUGACCAGGUACAACUGUUUCCACUAGUUACCACAGCCAAGUCAAUUGGCUAUAUUGUAAAAAUUCAUUAAAAAACAUUUGGUUUUAAUCUAAGGUUAGGCAUAAGGUUAGCAGUGUGGUUAAGGUUAGGUUUAAAAUCCAAAUAUAAAGAGAAAUUGUAGAAAUAGGCACGGUUUAUGACUGUGGCUGUGGUAACUAGUAAUGACCAGGCACAACUCCGGUAUAACGUGUUUUUUCUCAAAGUUGCCGGGAUGUCAUGUGUCCUACUUAUGUCAGUACACUCAUAACAAGCAAAUCAUUACGAAACUUUUAUUCGAUCAAAUAAGCCACACGUAGCAAAUAAGCAUUCUGGCUUGUAAGAAACAUUUACACGAUUUUGCACACAAAUGUCUCAGGCUGUAUAUACAAAUGAUUGUGUAUUACAGCCUGAUUAAUCAGACUAGCUGUCAAAUGGCACUGUUUUAAACCACAGUCUCGUUUAUCCUUUGACGGGCAGCGUGCUAGAACUUCAAUUCACUGAAUAUAUUCCCUUUAGUCCGUUCAAAUGCAUAAUUUUAUCAAUGUAAUUUUAUCAAUGUAUUACAUGUGAGCCCCAACUAAGACACAAUGUUUCCUAAUUUGGAGUGGUUUAGCGUCCUUUGACCUCCUGUUGAUGUAUUGUGUGUUGCAGGGGCUCAGUCCACCAUACAGGAAGAGAAGGACGGUGGAGGACUUCAACAAGUUCUGCACCUUUGUGUUGGACAUAUGCAGGCUAUAUCCCAUAUCCCCAGGAGGUAAGUAAAGAAAACCCAGUCGUAGUUGGUGUGUGUGCGUACACGUGUGCCUGUAGGUUCUUUGUUCUGAAUAGUGAGGGACACUUAAGGCUGGUUCAUACUUGUUGUAAUGACAUGUCUGUAGACAAUUGUCGCAGGGACAUCAUGAAAAUUCUAUAGUCGUCUAACAUCAAACUUGUCCUUGUCCCUAUGAAAAAGUAUAAACACAAAAAUGACGUGUGUGAUAUAUACAGUGAGGGAAAAAAGUAUUUGAUCCCCUGCUGAUUUUGUGCGUUUGCCUACUGACAAAGACGUGAUCAGUCUAUGAUUUUAAUGGUAGGUUUAUUUGAACAGUGAGAGACAGAAUAACAACAAAAAAAUCCAGAAAAACACAUGUAAAAAAUGUUAUGAAUUGAUUUGCUUUUUAAUGAGGGAAAUAGGUAUUUGACCCCUCUGCAAAACAUGACUUAGUACUUGGUGGCAAAACCCUUGUUGGCAAUCACAGAGGUCAGACAUUUCUUGUAGUUGGCCACCAGGUUUGCACACAUCUCAGGAGGGAUUUUGUCCCACUCCUCUUUGCAGAUCUUCUCCAAGUCAUUAAGGUUUCGAGGCUGACGUUUGGUAACUAGAACCUUCAGCUCCCUCCACAGAUUUUCUAUGGGAUUAAGGUCUGGAGACUGGCUAGGCCACUCCAGGACCUUAAUGUGCUUCUUCUUGAGCCACUCCUUUGUUGCCUUGGCCGUGUGUUUUGGGUCAUUGUCAUGCUGGAAUACCCAUCCACGACCCAUUUUCAAUGCCCUGGCUGAGGGAAGGAGGUUCUCACCCAAGAUUUGAUGGUACAUGGCCCCGUCCAUCGUCCCUUUGAUGCGGUGAAGUUGUCCUGUCCCCUUAGCAGAAAAACACCCCCAAAGCAUAAUGUUUCCACCUCCAUGUUUGACGGUGGGGAUGUUGUUCUUGGGGUCAUAGGCAGCAUUCCUCCUCCUCCAAACAUGGCGAGUUGAGUUGAUGCCAAAGAGCUCGAUUUUGGUCUCAUCUGACCACAACACUUUCACCCAGUUCUCCUCUGAAUCAUUCAGAUGUUCAUUGGCAAACUUCAGACGGGCCUGUAUAUGUGCUUUCUUGAGCAGGGGGACCUUGCGGGCGCUGCAGGAUUUCAGUCCUUCACGGCGUAGUGUGUUACCAAUUGUUUUCUUGGUGACUAUGGUCCCAGCUGCCUUGAGAUCAUUGACAAGAUCCUCCCGUGUAGUUCUGGGCUGAUUCCUAACCGUUCUCAUGAUCAUUGUAACUCCACAAGGUGAGAUCUUGCAUGGAGCCCCAGGCUGAGGGAGAUUGACAGUUAUUUUGUGUUUCUUCCAUUUGUGAAUAAUCGCACCAACUGUUGUCACCUUCUCACCAAGCUGCUUGGCGAUGGUCUUGUAGCCCAUUCCAGCCUUGUGUAGGUCUACAAUCUUGUCCCUGACAUCCUUGGAGAGCUCUUUGGUCUUGGCCAUGGUGGAGAGUUUGGAAUCUGAUUGAUUGAUUGCUUCUGUGGACAGGUGUCUUUUAUACAGGUAACAAACUGAGAUUAGGAGCACUCCCUUUAAGAGUGUGCUCCUAAUCUCAGCUCGUUACCUGUAUAAAAGACACCUGGGAGCCAGAAAUCUUUCUGAUUGAGAGGGGGUCAAAUACUUAUUUCCCUCAUUAAAAUGCAAAUAAAUGUAUAACAUUUUUGACAUGCGUUUUCCUGGAUUUUGUUGUUGUUAUUCUGUCUCUCACUGUUCAAAUAAACCUACCAUUAAAAUUAUAGACUGAUCAUUUCUUUGUCAGUGGGCAAACAUACAAAAUCAGCAGGGGAUCAAAUACUUUUUUCCCUCACUGUGUAUAUAUAUAUAUAAAUCACACACACACAGCAGUAUUCAGACCCCUUCACUUUUUCCACAUUUUGUUACGUUACAGCCAUAUUCUAAAAUUGAUUAAUCAAUCUACAGACAAUACCCCAUAAUGACAAAGCAAACACAGGUUUUUAGAUUUAUUUGUAUUUUAUUUUUAAAAAAUAACGGAAAUAUCAGAUUUACAUAAGUAUUCAGACCCUUUACACAGUACUUUGUUUAAGCACCUUUGGCAGUGAUUACAGCCUCGAGUCUUCUUGGGUAUGACGCUACAAGCUUGGCACAUCUGUAUUUGGGGAGUUUCUCACAUUCUCUGCAGAUCCUCUCAAGCUCUGUCAGGUUGGAUGGGGAGCGUUGCUGCAUAGCUAUUUUCAGGUCUCUCCAGAGAUGUUCGAUCGGGUUCAAGUCCGGGCUCUGGCUGGGCCACUCAAGGACAUUCAGAGACUAGUCCCAAAGCCACUCCUGUGUUGUCUUGGCUGUGUGCUUAGGGUCAUUGUCCUGUUGGAAGGUGAACCUUUCCCCAAUCUGACGUCCUUUUCAUCAAGGAUCUCUACAUACUUUGCUCCGUUCAUCUUUCCCUCGAUCCUGACUAGUCUCUCAGUCACUGCUGCAGAAAAACAUCCCCACAGCAUGAUGCUGCCGCCACCAUGCUUCACCGUAGGGACGGUGCCUGGUUUCCUCCAGAUGUGACGCUUGGCAUUCAGGCCAAAGAGUUCAAUCUUGUUUACAUCAGACCAGAGAAUCUUGUUUCUCUUGGCCUUUUGGCAAACUCCAAGCAGGGUUGUCAUGUGCCCUUUACCUAGGAGUGGCUUCCAUCUGGCCACUCUACCUCAAAGGCCUGAUUGGUGGAGUGCUGCAGAUAGUUGUCCUUCUGGAAGGUUCUCCCAUCUCCACAGAGGAACUCUGGAGCUCUGUCAGAGUGUCCAUCAGGUUCUUGGUCACCUCCCUGACUAAGGCCCUUCUCCCCUGAUUGCUCAGUUUGGUUGGUCGGGCGGGCAGCUCUAGGAAGAGUCUUGGUGCUUCCAAACGUCUUCCAUUUAAGAAUGAUGGAGGCCACUGUGUUCUUGGUGACCUUAAAUGCUGCAGAAAUUGUUUGGUACCCUUCCCCAGAUCUGUGCCUCGACACAAUCCUGUCUCGGAGCUCUACGGACAAAUCCUUCGACCUCAUGGCUUGGUUGUUGCUCUGACAUGCCCUGUCAACUGUGGGACCUUAUAUAGACAGGUGUGUGCCUUUCCAAAUCAUGUCCAAUCAAUUGAAUUUACCACAGGUGGACUCCAAUCAAGUUGUAGAAACAUCAGAAAGAUGAUCACUGGAAACAGGAUGCACCUGAGCUCAAUUUUGAGGCUCAUUGCAAAGAGUCUGAAUACUUAUAAGGUAUUUCUGUUUUUUAUUUUUAAUACAUUUGCUAAAAUUCCUAAACCUGUUUUCGCUUUGUCAUUAUGGGGUAUUGUGUGUGGAUUGAUGAGAACAUUUUAUUUAAUCAAUUUUAGAAUAAGGCUGUAACGUAACAAAAUGUGGAAAAAGUGAAGCGGUCUGAAUACUUUCCGAAAGCACUAUAUAUACACACUACCAGUCAAAAGUUUGGACACACCUACUCAUUCAAGGGUUUUUCUUUAUUUUUACUAUUUUUUACAUUGUAGAAUAAUAGUGAAGACAUCAAAACUAUGAAAUAACACAUAUAAAAUCAUGUAGUAACCUAAACAAGUGUUAAACAAAUCAAAAUAUAUUUUUAGAUUCUUAAAAUAGCCACCCUUUGCCUUGAUGACAGCUUUGCACACUCUUGGCAUUCUCUCAACCAGCUUCAUGAGGUAGUCAUCUGGAAUGCAUUUCAAUUAACAGGUGUGCCUUCUUAAAAGUUAAUUUGUGGAAUUUAUUUCCUUCUUAAUGUGUUUGAGCCAAUCGGUUGUGUUGUGACAAGGUAGGGGUGGUAUACAGAAGAUAGCCCUAUUUGGUAAAAGACCAAGUCCAUAUUAUGGCAAGAACAGCUCAAAUAAGCAAAGAGAAAUGACAGCCCAUCAUUACUUUAAGACAUGAAGGUCAGUCAAUACAGAAAAUGUCAAGAACUUUGAAAGUUUCUUCAAGUGCAGUCGCAAAAACCAUCAAGCGCUAUGAUGAAACUGGCUCUCAUGAGGACCGCCACAGGAAUGGAAGACCCAGCGUUACCUCUGCUGCAGAGAAUAAGUUCAUUACAGUUACCAGCCUCAGAAAUUGCAGCCCAAAUAAAUGCUUCACAGAGUUCAAGUAACAGACACAUCUCAACAUCAACUGUUCAGAGUGGACUGUGUGAAUCAGGCCUUCAUGGUUGAAUUGCUGCAAAGAAACCACUACUAAAGGACACCAAUAAGAAGAAGAGACCUGCUUGGGCCAAGAUACACGAGCAAUGGACAUUAGACUGGUGGAAAUUUGUCCUUUGGUCUGGAGUCCAAAUUUGAGAUUUUUGGUUCAAACCGCCGUGUCUUUGUGAAACGUGGUGUGGAUGAACGGAUGAUCUCCGCAUGUGAGGUUCCCACCGUAAAGCAUGGAGGAGGAGGUGUGGGGGUGCUUUGCUGAUGACACUCAGUGAUUUAUUUUAACCAGCAGCCAACAAGUGCUCCGCAUAUGUGGGAACUUCUUCAAGACUGUUGGAAAAGCAUUCCAGGUGAAGCUGGUUGAGAGAAUGCCAAGAGUGUGCAAAGCUGUCAAGGCAAAGGGUGGCUACUUUGAAUAAUCUAAAAUAUAUUUUGAUUUAACACUUUUUUGGUUACUACAUGAUUCCAUAUGUGUUAUUUCAUAGUGUUGAUGUCUUCACUAUUAUUCUACAAUGUAGAAAAUAGUAAAAAAAUAAAGUAAAACCCUUGAAUGAGUAGGUGUGUCCAAACUUUUGACUGGUAGUGCUUUCGGAAAGUAUUCAGACCGCAUCACUUUUUCCAAAUGUUGUUACGUUACAGCCUUAUUCUAAAAUGGAUUCAAAAAAUUUUUCCCUCAUCAAUCUAAACACAAUACCCCAUAAUGACAAAGCGAAAACCGGUUUUUAGACAUUUUAGCAAAUUUAGUGUCUCAGGCCCACCCACUGGGGAGCCAGGCCCAGCCAAUCAGAGUUUUCCCCCACAAAAUGGCUUCAUUACAGACUGAAAUACUCUUCGGCACCCUUCCCCCACUCUGCCUCAGAUGAUCCCGCAAGUGAAGAAGCCGGAUGUGGAGGUCCUGGGCUGCCGUGGUUACACGUGGUCUGCGGUUGUGAGGCCGGUUGGACGUACUGCCAAAUCCUCUAAAACGAAGCUGGAGGCAGCUUAUGGUAGAAAAAUUAACAUUUAAUUAUCUGGCAAAAGCUCUGGUGGACAUUUCUGCAGACAGCAUGCCAAUUGCACGCUCCCUCAAAACUUGAGACGUCUGUGGCAUUGUGUUGUGUGACAAAACUGUACAUUUUAGAGUGGCCUUUUAUUGUCCCCAGCACUAGGUGCACCUGUGUAAUGAUCAUGCUGUUUAAUCAGCUUCUUGAUAUUCCACACCUGUCAAGUGGAUGGAUUAUCUUGGCAAAGGAAAAAUGCUCACUAACAGGGAUGUAAACACAUUUGUGCACAACAUUUGAGAGAAAUAAGCUUUUUGUGCGUAUGGAACAUUUCUGGGAUCUUUUAGUUCAGCUGAUGAAACAUGGGACCAACACAUUACAUGUUGCGUUAAUAUUUUUGUCCCGUGUAGGAUCAAACACACGAUUUCUGUGUUGGCAACAUUGCUUGAUAUAAGUUUAAGACUCUAGGUUUCAGGAAAUGGCAGUUACAGGUUUAAAAAAUAAAUUUAAAAAAUGCUCAAAUUUUCUGAGGGGGAAGUUAACUGACACCCUCCGGACCUCCCCCCUACCCAACCUUAGACCUACAUCAGCACCUCCCAGGGAAAGCCUGAUUGUACAUUUUAAAGGUAUUUCUGGUUAGCUACUGAAGAGCAGCCAAUUACCAAGUGCAAAAAGCCGCUGUAGGGUGCUGCCACCGUGCUGAAGUGGUACUCAUAAAAAUGAUUCACUGUUGGCAGGUCUGUUAUUGUGAUGUUUAUUGAUUACCUAUAGCUUACGGUUGUGAGUGCGACGAUAUCAAAGCAGGUCAUUCUACCGGAUCAUUUUUUAACUUCUGUGAAUGUCUUGCUGCUGUCACCAUGACAAUGGACGCUGCGACAGGGUCUAAGUUGAAAAUGUUUGUGUCUGCGACAAGGAAAAUUACCAUCGCAACGACAGUACAGACAUUCUACCGGAGUAUAAAUUAAAUGUCGUUUUGACCAGCGACGUGUCACAUUCUAAUUGUCUACGAACAUGUUGUUAGUCCAAGUAUAAACCAGCCUUUAGGCAGAACUGUGACGUGUUAUGCAACACUAUGACUGGUUAUAUUUUGAGGUGUGUGUGUGGUUAGUGGCAAGACACAUGGUGUAGGACUCAGAGAUGUUUGUGGAUCAUGGAGCGGCCGCUCAGAGCUUUUGCUCUUUUUUUUUUUCUACACAACUGUUGUGUUGGUGUCCCACUGCCCUCCUUUCCCCCUGUGUGUAUAAACCACGCCCCUAACUAGUGUUGUAAAGAUGGAUCAGAUACAGCGUCCAUUGACAGUGGCAUUUUGUUUUCCUCCUGGGUGGUUGUGAUGUUACACCAUAGUACCUGGGGUUUGUUCAGUAGGCUACAAUGUUGUGGAACGCUCAGAUAGGAGUAGGCUAUGCUGUGUGUCUGCCAUGUAGCCGUGGGAGUCAUGGCAACUCUAUACAGCAUUACAUUUCUAUCUGAAACGUUCAGAGCGUUGCACCCUUCUGAAUGCGACUCUGGACAUGCUGACUGUAUCUAUGUUAACUCCUCCCUUCCCGGUGUGGUGUGUUGUGGUGACCCUCUAUUUGAUCCACAGAACUGGAGGAGGCGUGGCUUCUGGCAGCCUCCUUGCUGGGCCCCGCCCCUUGUCCCUGGCUAGCCAAUCUGCUGCUGUCUCUUCUGAAGGGACACGCACCUAACACAGGCCUGACCCCUCUCCCAGGGUAAGAGGGCCAACAACAGUCUCUCCAUACUCAUCCCAGACCCUAGCCCUGUGCUUCUUUUGGCCCCUAGACCCUUUCCCCUACCCUCUCUGUAGUGUUCACAGAUUUGAAAGGACUGGAUAGAAUUAACCAAAUCUGGUGAUGGCACCACCUAGCCUUCCAACAGGCUGAAUGGAGCUUCUGUUGCUGUCACAUGCCAAGCUAGCCCUGUCAAUUAGGAACCUUGAUGUGGCAUAGAUAACCAGGGGAAAGGGCUGGAAUGGAACAAGGUUCCCCUGACCCCCUCAGCUCAGGCAAGAGGAGCAGCUCGACCCAACGGCAGCACCCUCGACCCGUUGAACCAGAGCCAUUCUGUACCUCAUCAAUAGACCGUGCUACAACUCUGUGCCGUCUGUCUGUCUGUCUGUUUGACCGAGCCCUCAGAGUAGGGUUUGUAUCUCACCUCAGGCCGGGGGAUUUUCAUCGUUAUGAGCAUAUGCAGUGGUGUCACUGAGGCCAUCUAUAACAUUAUGGAAGUGUUGUGAAGUUACUGUUGAUCCCUGUUUUUAGGUCAAACUGGUCUCAGAUUUGUAUUGGGUCAGUGUGUGAGUGUGGUGUUUGUGGUCUAUGUCAAUGGAUUGUAUCAAUAGCUUCACAACCACCCCCAUUCUCCCACGUAAGAGAGGAGUUUUGUGUAAACACAUACAGGCGUUAACCACCAUUACUGUCUUUCCCUUUCCAGGACUCUCCUCUGCGUAGUAGCUCCAGCCCUCCCAACAGUACAGGCAGUACAGUAGAUAGUGAUGGCUGGACCCCCGUCCCUCCACCCCCCUCCUCCUGUCCCCCGCGGCCCCCCAAACCCCCUGCAGGACGAGAACAGGAAACGGCCCCAUCCCACAGGACUCCACCCCGGGGCCUCACUAUCCAGCCAUGUUAGGAACAAUGUAAGUGGGGUGCUUUUGAUCAUUCUACUUCUAACGUCAACAUUUACUCAUACUCCCGAACCCUAAAGGAAUUCCUAUUUUCCAGCAUGGCCAUCUAGUGUCCUCCCUACACCCAGAUGACCGCAAGAAAGCCAACAAACUGAAGAAGAAGAAAAUGAGGAAGGACAGGGAGAACCAGGUCGGCGAGCCGAGCUCCACACAACAGGCACAGUUCCCCCUGCCCCUGGGAGGACGACCAAUCAAAGACGAGCCUGAGGAUGACUUCACCAUCCCCCUCCCCCUUUCGUCCACUCACCAUCUUCCCAGUCCCUGUAACCAGGAGUCCAAUGAGGAGUGGGAGUGCUGGGAGGGGCAGGGGCUGGAGGAGGGCUUGGUGAAGAUGGAGGGUUUUCCUAGGAACAGGACGGUGAUCCGGCAGGGAAAACAGGUGGUGUUCCGAGACGAGGAUGGCUCUGGAGAGGACGAGGACAUCAUGGUGGACUCCGGUAAGCAAAUGUCAUGUUAUGUAAAUGCUGCACACAAAUGACAGAACUCAUUGUUGUGAUGACAUUGCCUGUUUCAAGUAGCAGUCUGACAGUUGAUCCUCUCUCUCUCUCUCUCUCUCUCUCUCUCAGAUGAUGACUCGUGGGACCUGGUGACAUGUUUCUGUAAGAAGCCAUUUGCGGGCCGGGCCAUGAUUGAGUGUAACCAGUGUAACACCUGGAUCCACCUGUCCUGCGCUAAGAUCAGGAAGUCCCACGUCCCCGAGACGUAUAGGUGUCAGAGCUGCAGAGACACACUGGGCCCUGCAGACAACCGCCGCUCAUACCGCGCACGCAUUGGCCCCCGCAAACACCUUCUCGACUGACCCCAUGGCCAACCACUAACCAUUCACCCUUAUACCCCCACCCCUCUCACCCGCAUUUACACCCGUACCCCAGCCCACCCCUUUCCCUAUACUUCUCACCCCUAUUUUGUGGACAGAGCUGACUAACUUUCCCUUGGGGGCUUAACACCCCCAAACUGAACCAUUCCGAGUGCUAUUUUUAAAUGUAUU